AUGACAUCCUCCCCUACGUGCGCUAGCUGCGCAAAGUCGCCCCCGGAGGUCAAGCUCAAGCACAGCGUCAGGUGCCCUACGAUCAAGUACUGCGGCCGAGCCCCGAAGGGCCUGCAACAGGGCAUCGCCACCCCGUUUACUCGCCUCGACAAGGGAACAUGGCUCCUUAACCGUCCGCAAAAGGACGUAUAUGCCCUGCUUAUCGACGCCUACCGCCUUCGUGUUGUAGACUUAUACAACUUGAGGCGACGCCGAGAACGACAGUCUCUACGGUGGUGCCUCAAGCGGCCGUGGUGGCUUCCAACGCUUCCUUGCAAGUGUUGCGGCCCUUCCUGGCCUGUUACCACCGUGGUAGGAUUCAAAUAA